CAAAUCCCUUUUAAUAGAAACAGUAACUACGUUUUAAUGAAUAGCGUUUGCAUUUACAUACCUCAUGACAUAACAAUGUUAACAUAGCUACAUAUGAAUGUUGUUCAACAUCAUCCGUGUAGAUCCCAUCUAGUAACGAAAAUGUAUUCUUGAUUAUACAAUUAUGAUUUGUCGCACGACCUGACAGUUCCAUAACGAGCGUCAUUGUAACGGACGUGUAAUUAUUUUGUUACGAUCUGACUGCAAAAAGCAAUGCACGAAUAGUUAUUUGAAUUGUGACAUACUAGCACUGCAUCGAAUAACCUACUAUUUGCUUCUUCUCCUGGCAGUUUCUAAACUGGAAAUUCGCAAUUAUUAAAUUACCUACAAUUUACUACAGUGAAUAUCGUGGAAUACCGUGAAUGGAGAAAGUUAGAGAUGAGGAAGUAAUAGAAAUAGUAGGAGAAUAGAGGUUCGGUAUGGAAGUCAAUAAGAAAAAAUCGAGAUAAAUCCAGCUAGAUUUUCGAGUAAACAAUGGCAUUCGAGGUAAACAGUUCAUUUCUGAACAGUUUAAUUUUUAUUCGGUCAUACUUCGAAAGAGUUGUUAAAAAAUUAAUUCAACGGAGUUUUCCUGUUACCCAAGAAAACCACAUUAACUUCAUCCGGACGAACAUUAAAAAAGUAAUUCUCCAUUUAGAAAUUGCUAUUAGCAACUUAAACCAAUUUCUUAGUCACCGUGGUGUUAUUGGGUGUGAAACCGACCUUAAACCAACAACGCUACUUAACAAAUCUGAUUUCCUGGAAGUGUUGGGUUUAGAAAUGGUGAACAAUAAUGAAACUUGCAGCAUUCCGAAAGCUCCAGAAAGUUUUAGUGGUAGUAAUAGUACGAGCGACGAAGUGAAGAGUGUUUGGGAUCCAAGUUUGUCGGACAUGAAUAAGAAGGUCGAUUUGGUUGGCGAGAAGCCAACAUUGCGACCGAAACCUGCGUGCGUCAGAUCUAAAUCUUGUUUGUCAGUUGACAAAGGUAAAGCAUCGGAGUCCACACUUUACAAAAUCCACGAAGGAUUUCCGAAAACUGUCGCUUCCACUUCCACUUGCAUUACGACAACUGUUAACAACAAUGCCGAGUGCGAAGGUUGGAUUAAGAAAAGAAGCGGAAAUUGUGUACAUCGUGAAAAUGUAUCCCUAGGAUCUACAAGGAAUUCAAUAAGGAGUUAUUCUUUAAAAUAUUUGAAUGACUGGGAAGAUUUAUGGGAAGAAAACGAAAAUCCAUUCGAAACAAUUAAAAAGAGAUACAAAGAGAAAGAAAAAGAUGAUGUUUUACCAGUAUAUACAGUUUCUGGAAGAAUACGUCAAUUUGAACGAAAACACAAGAGGAUAUCUUCAACGGUCGAAGGAUUCUUAGAUAUCUUUGACAAGGACCAAAACAGGAGAAGAAGCAAACUAAAAGGCAAGAAAACCAAUUUUUCGUCAUCUUUAAGUUCAAUUCGUAAUACGAAAGAAGAGGAAGAUGAAAACGACGACGUGUCUAGCCUGGCUUCACAAAUGGAAAAUAAUUGCGAUGACAGUAAUGGUAGAGACUACACCAGUGACAGUGAGAAAGAAACCAUAACACAGGCAAAAAACUCAUCAAUAUUACCGAUAAAAGCUAAAAGUUUAGGAAACCUUACGAAGAAAAAUAACAACUUUAGAAUAAUGUACGAUUUCUCAAAUGGAAAUGUUUCCAGAAGUAAAUCAGACCGUUUACCAAGGAUAGUUGAUGUUAUUUAUAAAAAGAAACCGGUGUAGUUCCGUGAAUAAAAUCGAAAUCUGAAGCUUCCGCCAUGUUGACACCCCUUAUAUGGAAUUUGAAAAAGUGGAUUAUACCAUCUGAAAGGUCUGUCAGAAGAGGUCAAUUAAUCCCAUUUAAUGGUAAAUGAUAGAUCAUUUAUUAUCAAUUUUUUGAGACGACCAGGACAACGUGGACAACAGUCUUGCGCCUUUCUCCAUACGAUACACGAAAUGUAAAUUACAACAAAAUAAUAAUUUGUAGUUCAAAAAAUGAAAAAUGGCCUCGUCAAACACAUAAAAUCUAGUUGUUAGCACUAAAUGUGGUUCGAAAUUCUCUUUUCUUAUCAAAUAUUUUCAUUUACGUAGGUAUUUAACUGCACUCUGAGCUCCCAGAAAGGUUGUAUCAAAUCGAACCAAUAUUGAAUUAGAGCUAAAGGAUUUUAUUUUUCAAGAAAAACUUGUUUUUUUUUGUUCCACAAAUCAAAAUUGUAUCACUUUUACUUAAAUUCCUUUUCUGCUAAAUAAACAACUCUUUGUUAUUUUAA